GGCUCGCUGAGGGAGCGGGGAGCGGCCGCGGCCCUACGGAGGCGGAGGGGAGCGCGGCGGGCGGCUGAGGGGGGUCGGCGAGUGAAGGCGCGGCGGACGCUGGGCGCUCCCACCGCUCCGUGCCUCCGCUUCGUCAGUAGGGCUGGGGCUGAGGCCGGGAAGGUGGCGCCCGUCUCUCCCGAGUCCCCCGGCAGUGUGACAGCCGGCCCGGCCCGCCUGGGGCGGGGAGCGGUGCUGUCGGCCACGGGAGCCGCGGCGCAGCCUCUCCGGGUCGCUGGAGCCAUUUGCCGCGGGGAGGACCGGGCACGGGCAAGGCUGGCUCGGCGGAAGACGCCUGGCUGCGACACGUCAGUGGCGAGCCUCGAGGCUUCCGGAGGCUUAACGGCAGCGGGGAGCCCGGCCGGCCCCCGCCACGCUGCGGCGGGGCUGUCGCGGACGGACGCGGCCCGGUGGGGGCUGCCCGGCGCAGCGGGCUGGGCGUUCGGCUCCGCGCUCCCCGGGCGCGGCAGCGGCUCCCGCGAUGGGCCCCCUGACCCAGCCGGUGCAAACCGCCGUUCCCGCUCCUGCCUGUCCCGUGUGAGGAUCAGAUACCAUGGGGGUGAACCUAUAUCCGAAUCCGACUUGGCAGCCUUGGCUUUUUAUGUUGAUGAUAAAUCUUGCUGCGAAUCGGGUCAUGGAGUGUUUGAACAGCAGCCGCCGCAUAAGCCUAAAACAGAUGUUGAUCCCUGUGAAGUAUGGUGCAGUCAGCCAGUUGAAGUACUAAGAGAAUAUUGCAACGUUAUUAAAAUACACAUCUUUUGGCCUUUUCUCUUCACAAGUGAAAGUAAUUCUUUGGUAGCUGAUUGGAUUUCGCAGGUCUUAGACCAGAAUUGGAAGAGACUCUGUGCUUUAGAGAUUUUGGAAGACCUUGUUGAUUUAAUUAAGAAAGUUGUUAAUGUUCCAGCUUUUAUUGGUGGUGUACUGAGAAUUGGCAGCAGAAUAGAAAAUGGUGUCUUUGAUGUUGGGGACGCACUUGAUUGGGUCAGAUACACAGGUGAUGUCAGUAUUCUGCAGAGGCUGGAGAAACUUGGUGAUUGUGGUUGGAUUUAUCUUGAAAUUUUCUUCACUGAAUGCAAGCGUUACAUUAAUAAAGUUGCUUUGGAAGAUUGUAAUUUAGUUGAUGAAUUCAAAGCUGUGACCUGUGAAAACUGUAGGAAGAACAGUGAAUUUAUGAAACAGAAAGGAAAUGAAGAAUUUUCCCAAGGAGACUUUCAUCGUGCUAUAAUGUCAUAUACUAAAGCCAUAGAGUUUUGCCCUGCAAACCAUCUUCUGUAUGGAAACAGAGCUCUUUGUUUAAUUCUCACAAGGCAAUACAAGAGAGCCCUUGCUGAUGGAAAGAGAGCCACUGUUUUGAAGCAUGAUUGGCCAAAGGGUCAUUACCACUUCUGUAAGGCGCUGUCAUUACUGGGGGAACAUGAACUGGCUUUGGAAGCUAAUGAGAGAGCUCAGGAACUAUGCAAGAAUAUUCCUGGUGGACUUAAGGAUCUUAUUCAACAAAAUUACAAGUUGAAGAAGACAUUAGAAGAAAUAAAUGGUAUUAAACAACACAAACAGAAACCAAAGAAGUCGCUUCUUGAGAAAAAAGACUGCAGUUCUUCAGAAUCUCAUUUAACAAUCUCUCAAGAACAAAAAGAAAUAGAAAAAGACAGAAAGAGAACACAGUCAGAUCCUAAAGAUCAUCACUGUCAUCAAUACCGUGAUACCAGGGUGACUGACAUCCAAAGAACAGAAAGCAAAGGCUGGUCUCUGGAGUUUUCACCAAGCCAAAGUCAUCAAAACAAAGGAAGGCCAAAAUCCAGUCCUGGUGACUCUGAAAAGACAAGAGAUCACCUUGAUUUGAAGAUAGAGUCUAAAGCCAUACAGGAUAAACUCUUCUGUACUGUGCAACAGGUGGAUUUAGCUAUGUUGCCAGAAGAUGUUAAAUCCCUUGUUUGUGACGGUUAUACAGCCUUGAUGGACCAGCGAUGUCACAGUGCUGAACGAGCCUUUUCGCAAUUGUUGAGCAUUCUAAAUCCUUCAGAAUUAAAGCAACUGAAUCUUCAUAUUAUUAAUUAUGUUGUAAUCAUCUAUGGACAUGCCACUGCUCUUCUUGGAAUAGGACAGCCUGAGGCAUUGACAAAGGCUGAAGACCAGUUUAAGAAAAUAAUUGAACAGUACCAGGAGGAAAGAUUUGGUUGUUUGGCAUACUAUGGAAUUGGAAAAGUGUACCUCAGACAAAACAGAUUUUCAGAUGCACUCGAUCAGUUCAUGAAAUCGCAAACAAUGGUUAAUCACAAGAUUGUACCUGGAGUAUUAACUUGGCCCACAACAUCUCAGGUCAUUGAAGAGACACGGAUAGAGAAUUUACAGUUGACUUUAAAGAAUUGUAUUGAAGAAUGCAAGUUCCCUCCGGAACCAGAUGCAGUUUGUCGAUAUCAGAAAUGCCAUGGCCACUCCAAAAUCCAAAUAUUUUUUACAGACCCAGACUUUAAGGGUUUUAUACGUAUUACUUGCUGUCAGCAAUGUAGAGUGGAGUUUCAUAUCGGCUGUUGGAAAAAGUUGAAAACAACAAACUACAGUGAUAAAAAUGAUAAGGAUUUUCUUCAAGAAUUGUGUAUCACUCCUGAUUGUACAGGCCUUAUUUCAAAAAUAGUUAUUUUCAGUUCUUCUGGUCUGGUAAAAUGUGAAUUUGAACAAAAAAUCACAAAACCUAAGGAACCACCAGGAGGCUGUAUUAAACAGAAAUGUUCAAGUCUUAGGAAGUUAAAGAUUAAACAAGAGAAAAAAUUACAAAGAAAACAUGCACGAGAAGAGGCACAGAAUUCUGCUAAAAAGAAAAUAGAAGAAAACCAGAUGGGAAAUGGAAAUGAACCAUCUCAAUGCAGUGAUCACAGUGGUAGUGUUCAGGAUUUAUAUGAUGGUGAUCGAGUCCUGCAGCAUAUCAGUCUAAAUGCUGAGCAAAUAAAAACAGCUGUUUACGAUGCUUCCAAACUAUUAAAGGAAUUACUUUCAUGGUUUGUAAUCAGUGAGGAGGAUUACAUGUCAUAUUCCAAAACUAGUAGCACGUCAUGUGAAGUGAUGGAGCAGCUCAUCAGUUACUUAAUUCAAGAAAAAAACAGAGUAAAAACAAGGAGUUUUAUCCAUGUGCUGAGUGAACUGGAAGAAGUGGAUCCCAAACUACACAAGUGGCUUAAACAUCUUAACAACUUGGGUCUGACAGCUACAAAGAACUUCCUUCUUCAAUAUGGACAGUUUUUAAAAGAACUUGACCUUUCCGUUUUAACCACCCUCUGGAAUGAGAAGUAUGGUAGUAAAUUUGACUAUGUGACAACUAGUUCUGAAGACAAAGAAAUUUGUGAUUAUUUCUUAAAACCACCCUUAGAGAAAACCCGUUGUUUUAUAUGGCUGUUAGAAGACAACAGAGAAGACUUUCCAUUUCUUCAUCAAGCUUUAGAUGAAUUCUUUGAUAAAAUGGAUGACCCUACCAUUAUAUUAAAGAAGCAGGGAAAUGAAAAUAUAUUGACUAACUGUAUCAAAGUUAAAAACAAAAAUAGGAAGAAGAACUCAAAAGACUCAAGGUCUAUUUUAGUAUUAUCCAGUGGAGUUAGUACAGCAGCACGAGAAGAAGAUAAGAUAUUUAUAGAAGAAAAUACUUUAGAUUUUACAAAUUCUUAUGAACCGUUCGUAAUCCCAGAAUAUCUUCGGGGGCAACUAGAGGAAUUUGAAGCUCUCUGUGACAUUUCAAAUAGCAACAGUUAUCAAAGACUUUUCGAUAAUAACCCAGAUCAAACCUGUGAGAGUUUAUAUGAAUAUUUCUCUCAAAUCUUGGAAGAACAUGGCCCUAUGGAAAUUAAUAAUAAAUUACUAGUUGGGGAAUAUGAACAGUUCCCUGAAGAAGCUCAAAAGAUUGUAGAAGAUGAAGGUGGUCUGAAAUCAUUUCUUCUGAAAUCCCUUCGUUUCAUUAUGGUGGAUAAUCUUAUUGGCUUAAGAAAGCAUGCAGUUCUAAUUAAAGAAAAUACAAACAGAAAUGAGACUGGAGAUAAUGAAGAAGAAAAUUAUAUAGUCUGUGAUAUGCAAGAAAAUCCUUCCCAGAACAAGCUACAGUUAAAUCCAGCUGCUAAGGAAUUCAAACCGUUCUCCUAUCCUAAGCAACCCCAUAUAUCAGCAUCUACUGAUUUAACAGUAGCAAGUUAUGAGACUACACAAUAUUUGCCCGGGUCUUCUCCUACUUCAUGUGAAUUGGUGCAUUCUUUGCAUAGUCAAAAUAUUGAUACCACAGAAAAUGAGUCAUCAUUUUCAGACCUUUUACUACAGUGCUUUGAUACUAGAAGUACUGGUAUAGUUUUGCCUCAGACUUCCUGGGGUUAUCAGUAUGAGAGAGUAUUGCCAGUGUCUUCUCAAAUGCCUCUCAUGUCAAAAGUUGCAGAGCAACCUAGUUAUAUUGAUGCUGAUCAUGUAGCUCAUCAGUAUAAUGAUGAAUCAGUGAUUUCAGAUGGAAAACACAUCUUCAGCAGUUUUAUAUCAACUGAAGUACAAACAUAUGAAGACCCUCAGUGCCAGCUGGAGAACUUGGAUGACACAUGUUAUGAAGGCAAUUUUUCACUUGCAAAUAGUACAAAUAAAGCUGAAUGUGGUAUAGAGGUUAUUAAGACGGAAAAUGAAAGUAGAGAUAUACCUCUAAUGAAAAGCAAUCCUCAUGCAAGGAUGAUAGCUGUUCAGGUACAUCGUGAAGUAGCUGAUAGAGACACUAAUACUUUGCCUUUUCAUCCAUUUGAAAUGCAACAUGGAGAUGUGCUACGUAUGGAAAAAGAGCAUCAGGUAUUAAAAGAACAACUUAAAGAAGCACAGGAAAAAUACGAACAGUUACAAAGCCGAAGCUUGGAGGAAAUCGGUGCUUUAAAAAAGCUCCUGAAGAAAAGUGUUGAAGAGACUAAGGUAUCAAAGAAUGAACUGGAUUGGUUUCAUAAAGACUUAGAAAUACAAGUGAAAAAAUGGCAACAGGAGAAAAAAGAAAAGCAAGAGAACUUAAAAGCACUAAGGAGCACAGCUAAAAAGCACGCAGAUACCAAUGACAGGUAUUUGAAGACCAUUGAUGAGAAGGAAAAGCAGUAUAAUGUAUAUUUAAACACAUAUCUCGAGACCAGUAAUAAACUUGCUAAUGAAAAAGUAAAAUUAGAAGAGCGUAUAAAAAAGAGUCAAGAUGACUGCCAAGAGUGUGUGGCAAGAGCUGUUAAAGCAGAGAUAUCAGUACUCAAAACCUGGAAGGAAACAGAAGUAUGUAAGCUAAAUGGCAUAGCUGCCACUGCAGAAACAAACCUCAAGCUGUUGAAGUCACUGAGCAGCAGCUCAGCUUCAGCAGCACCUCAACUGAAGUCACAGAUUGAUUCCUGGGAAGUGUUUAUUUCAAAUGUAAAGAAACAACUGGAAAAAGUGGAGACCGAGUAUGAAGAAAAAAUUCAGGCGGUGAAAAAUGGUGUACGGAACUGCCUCACUAAAAUGGAAACUCUGAAUCUUCCCUCUCCUCCCAGCAUCCUAGUAAAGCAAGGCAGACCUUCAGUCAGUGAUCCAGCCAUUGCCAUGUAUUCCUCUGCAUCUGCAUCUCCUAAUUUGCUUCCUGCAUUUUCAAGUUCUAAAGAUCAAAGCCCAGCACAUGCUUCAUGCAGUACACAGCCCAGAGUUAAGCCAGCAUAUGCAAAGUCUAAGGCUUGUUCUGCAAGUGGUGGAUCGGUGACAACACACUCCAAACCUCUGGAAGGAUUAUAUUGUGAUAAAGUUUUGGCACCUUGCCCAUUGGGGAUUUCUGGAAGUAAUAUUCAAAAUGUCCAGCCAAAUCAGAACCACCAAGAUGACUCAGCUAGACAACUGAGGCCUUCUGGACUUCCAAACAACAAAACGCUUCCAAAAGCAAUUGAAAAUAUUAUUGCGCACCUACAGAGUAUAUUCCCAAACUACAGCAGGUCAGACUUGAUCAGCUUCAUAAAAGAUGUACAGAAAAUAAAUGGGAAUACAUUGUCAGGCUUGAGUUCCGAUGAAAUUCUAAGCAGAGUCACAGAACUCAUUCUGGAUCAGCAAAAUAAGGCACCAGCUUGCACAGGGAGACACGUGAAUUCAGCAUCCUCUGCUUCACCAGCACGGGCUGGAACUCUGAGUCGGGAAGUACCUGCAGAAGAAAAUGUAUCCAGCCCAGCCAAGGCACAACCUGCGCAGAAAAAAGCCUUGAGUAAAAAUCCAUCUCAGCCAAAUCUCCAGCCCUGGGGAAAUGUUGGAGCCACACCUAAAUCUAAAUGGAAAAAACUAGACUAUACAGCCUCCAGUGAUGAUCCUUGCACAAUAUGUCAUGAUGAGCUAAGCCGAGAUAUGUGUGAACUAGAAUGUGGGCAUCGUUUUCACAGAGAAUGCAUUAGAACGUGGCUUAAGCAACAUUCCAGUACCUGCCCCAUCUGCCGCAUCCAUGCUUUGUUACCUGAAGAUUUUCCUGAGCUUCCUGCACGGAACAAAUAUACCUAGACCUUGUUUUAUUUGAACACGUUGUAAGAUGCAAAGUGGCUGCAGAACAACCACCGUGACAAAGAAUGGAAACAUGAUGCCUAGAAAGAGAGAGAACCCUGGUUUUAUUGAAAACAGUAGUAGACCUCAGACUGAUUCAGUAUGUAACAAUUGGCAUUAAAGCUGCAAGACACUGCCACCACCACGGCGCCUGCAGAAUCAAGCUGGCGUACCCCAAGAUCCAGCACUUUCCCUGGUUACUACCUACUUUUCUCAAAGGACGGUGCGUAAUUCCUGUCAUGAGGGGGCCUUCCUUCAGUGUUUACACUGCACUGAAAAGAAAAAUAUUCUAACAUCAAACAAGUAGGUGACCUUAAUGACACAGUAGCAGAAUUUGGAAGAGCCGAGACAUUACCUUCCUCUGGCAUAAACAAUUACAGUUUAACUGCAGGAUUCAAAUUGGGCUUGUCAUCAUUAUGAAUGCAGCUUAUAUAAUUGCCGUUCCUUUCUCUGCAUAAAUCCAUAGCUAAUCAUUCAAAUUGUUUAAAUAGUGACUUUCAGUAAUAUUUGAAGUAAGAAAUUUUAAGUAUUCAUGUGAUUCUUUCUGUUUGUGUAUCAUUUGAGUUGGAAUACUGUGGCUUGAUUCUUUAAUCCCAAAAUAGGGUUUGAAUUUCCCCCAUUGUUCCAGAGCAGAUUUGCUUAAAUCAGACUUACAGGAUUUUUAUUUUUGAUUGAGCACCACUGCAUCUGUAUUCUGUGCGUGAAUGUUCACUGACAGCAUCCUUUUCAGCUUCCAAUUAUGUUCUUGGGGUGGAUGAUGCACACGUAUCACCUUCUAAGCGUUUCACAGAAGCAGCCUAAGUCAGGACUCAGGACACUGCCCCAGCGCAGAGGUAUCAUCCUUGACCUGCCAACCAGGGGCAGAGCAGUCCCCCACACACCACACUGGACAGAGCAUCCUCCGCUGUCAUGGUUUACCCCCAGCCAGCAACCCAGCACCACGCAGCUGCUCGCUCACCCCCCUCACCCAGAGGGGUGGGAAGGAGGAUCGGAAAGGAAUGUAAAACUCAGCAGGUGAGAUAAGAGCAAUCUAAUAGGUAAAGCAAAAGCCGUGCACACAAGCAAAGCAAAGCAAGGAAUUCAUUCACUGCUUCCCAUGGGCAGGCAGGUGUUCGGCCAUCCCCAGGGAAGCCGGGCUCCAUCACACCUAACGGGUACUCGGGAAGAUAAAUGCCGUAAUGCCGAAUGUCCCCCCCCUUUCCUUCUUCUUCCCCCAGCUUAUAUACUCAGCAUGAUGCCAUAUGGCAUGGAAUGUCCCUUUGGCUAGUUGGGGUCACCUGCCCUGGCUGCCCUCUGGCUAGCAGGGCCCAGGUAACUGAGAAGUCCUUGAUAAACAUCACCCAGUAACAACUGGGACACUGAUGUUUUUAUCACCAUUGUUCUCACACCAGAUCCAAAACACAGCACUGUACUAGCUGCUAAGAAAAUUAACUCUAUCCCAGCUGAAACCAGGGCAGUAUCCACCCCUUACUCCAUACCAUUUACAUCAUGCCCCACUUUCCGAUACAACCUCGUUAACCACCAUCACCCUUCACAUCCUUUGAUAUAAUGCACGGGCAUCAUCCCCCUAGUCUAUGCGCCACCUCUGUAAAGAUGUCUGUAAAAUGUCCACUGAGUUCACUGAGUCCAUGAACACGAUCUCUCAUGGUGGUCACUCAGGAGAGGAGAGGUCGUGUGCUGCACGGGGUGAUUCAAAGCCAGCUCAGGUUGGGUCACCGCUGCACUUGCACUGCUGCAUGUAAGGCUUGUCCUCCAGUGGUUCUGGUGGUUCCUGCUCUAGCCAUGCCUGUAACAUGAAACUCAAAUCAUGGCUUACGACAAUUUAAAGGUACAUCCAUUACAGUCUCCACCCCUGGACCCUUUGGACCACCCUGUAGUGUUUAACAUUGCAGUGAACUCCUCCCCUUGCCCCUGCUCCGGCUUGGACUUACCCACGGACUGCAGUCCCUCAGGGCUGUACCUGCUCCACGUGGAGCCUCGGCUACGAGCCACAGCCUCUCCAGGGGUGUACCUGCUGCGGCACAGACUCAGCCACAGUCCCCUUGACCCGAGUUCACACUGGAGUUCCAGCCUGUCCAGCACAGAACAGCAGCCAUGCCCUGGCCACCUGCCAGCCCAGGCACAUUGCCAUGGCUGUUACCAGAAUGUUCCCGGGCACAGCGCGGUGAGAUGAUAAGCAGUGCAGCAGCACAGCAAGCAGUGAAAGCAAGAAGCAGCCACUAAUGAGCACUAGACCCUAAUAUACAGUAAGGCAAGCAAGCCCCAGGGCCAGCACAGAGACCUGCCCCCCAACAGCUGAACAGCAAUAACAGCUGUGAAUUUGAACUAGCACAUUCCAAUCAAAUCAGUUGUUAUCUCCAACGCUUUGAGCCCACGUUGGGCACCAGAAAGGACUGUCGUGGUUUAACCCCAGCCAGCAACCAAGCACCACGCUGCUGCUGGCUCACUCCCCUCACCCAGAGGGGUGGGAAGGAGGAUCGGAAAGGAAUGUAAAACUCAGCAGGUGAGAUAAGAGCAAUCUAAUAGGUAAAGCAAAAGCCGUGCACACAAGCAAAGCAAAGCAAGGAAUUCAUUCACCGCUUCCCAUGGGCAGGCAGGUGUUCGGCCAUCCCCAGGGAAGCCGGGCUCCGUCACGUGUAACGGUUACUUGGGAAGAUAAAUGCCAUAAUGCCGAAUGUCCCCCCCUUUCCUUCUUCUUCCCCCAGCUUAUAUACUCAGCAUGACAUCACAUGGUAUGGAAUAUCCCUUUGGCUAGUUGGGGUCACCUGCCCUGGCUGUGUCCCCUCCCAGUUUCCCGUGCCCCUCCAGCCCUCUGGCUAGCAUUUAUUAUAUAUAAUAUAUAUAUAAAAUACUAAAUAAUAUAUAUAUUAUUAUAUAUGAUUUAGUGUAAGUAUCACCCAGCAACAACUAAACAUCAGUGUCCUAUCAACACUGCUCUCACAUCAGAGCCAAAACACAGCACUAUACUAAGUGCUAAGAAGAAAAUUCCCGGCUGAAACCAGGGCAUCCACGCAGAAUAGUCUGUCUGGAGGUAAUACGGGUGAGCUGGCUGUGCAAACCGCGCACGCUCUUAAGCAAGUGCAUGCACUGUUAUCAGCCACUCUUUUCCCAGACCCACAGCACAGACAGGUCCCCAGAUAAGCUGGAUGAUUUCCCAUUUAUGAUCCUUUGGUCUACGCUGACUGCAUUAAGCUGGAAGGAUUUCAGUGAUUUACAGAGACAGUUCAUUUGCAACUUUAAGGCUUCCUUUUCAGAGCAGACAGAGCCCCCCUGACCAUUACUGCGCACACUUUUGACAGCAGGAGGUGGCAGUGCCACUGUGAGCAGCAGGUGGCACUCUCAUAUAUGUAGACUAGAAAGUGGCUUUCGUUUUCCAAAAAUCAUCUUGUAUUAUUUUCUGAUCUUAGGUAAGUGUUGAGUUCUAGUAAAUAACUUUUUUUUUUCCCCCACAAGACCAUUGUAAGACAUUGAAAUAAGAAUUUCAGAUGUUUGUUUCUAAAAUACAAAUAGUACAGAACCAGGGCCAAACUUAGAAUUACAUUCUCCUGCUUGGCAAUGCUGCUAGAUAAGAGCUAAAGGAAACUUUUGGGCAGUUUCUGUAAUUCUGUCUUCUCAUGUUUGUCAUCCUCACGGUUGUACUUUUUAUAAUACUUUAUCUACUUAGCCUGCCUCCACCCCACAUAUUAGCAUAUGGAAAAUUCACAAUCUGAAUGAAAUUGUGGCUGUUCUUGUUAACUUAGAACAACGCGGAAAUCUACAACCUGUUUGUGUGGGUAAGGUUUUUCCUUGCUGAAAUAGUUUUCUGACAUAGUUCCUUUAAGAUGUGUAGUUACAAACCCUUUAACAUAUUUACCUUAAAGUUUAAAUGUAAAUUCCUGGAAAGGAGUAAGUUAAGUUGAACAAGUGACAAUAUUAACCCAACCAAUUACAAAGAGCGACUGUCUCACUGAGAAUGGUUAUUCAUCCAACAACAGUCACAUCCUAAAGGCACACGGUGCCACAGCGUAGAGGUUGUUAAUACAGCUUUUUCCCUGUCAGCACAGGCUGGUCUGCAACAACUCAGCGGUGCUGCUUCUCACACAACUACCAUAUUUUUUUUUUCACAUCAAAACUCAGCUGUAGAAGUCUUAUAAAAGGGAAGAUGUUAUAAUGCAAAGAAUAAAUAUAUUCUCAAACUAAAA